AUGAAUUCAUCCGCGGGUCUCUGGAGAAUAUCUGGUUUCAUAUUGUCUAUCAACACUUGUGCAGCUCAAAGAAACGGAAAAAACGAAGAAGAAGAGAAACUGCGUCGAUUGGAAGAAAGAAUAUUUCGCCAUAUUCUCAAAGAGUAUCCAGAAUUCGCUACGCACCUUGGCAUCCAUGAUUAUGACGACGAACUGGAAUCGUUUUCUCUUGAAGCCUUUGAGCGUCGGAAGACUGACUAUGAAAGCAUUCUCCAUGAAAUUAAACGAAUCAACAUCAGUUUAUUAUCGACCGACGCCCGGCGGGAUUAUAAGAUCCUUUAUUCUUACGUGAAGACGUAUUUGGAUGGAUUCGCGUGGAUGAACUAUGGAGAUUUAAAUCCUUUAAAUUUUUUGGACAAAACUUCACGGGAUCAAACUUGGAUCUACACCGCCAAAUAUCGCAAUGAAGAAGACUAUGAAAUUUACUUCAAAAGAAUCGCCGGUAUUCCGAAAAAGGUUGAACAACAAAUUGAAUUAAUGAAAACGGCCAUCAGACUGAAUCGAACAAGUCACAUCGUCUCUGUGAGUCGCCUGCCGGAAGUGUUAUCGCCGUCGUCAGUCCAGGCCCCUUAUUACUACCCCAUGAGCCUCGAAGGCGUUGCAAAAUCAAUCCACAGAGAUAAGUGGAAAGAAAUACGUUACAGAAUACAAGAUGUCAUAUCGAAGCAGAUCUCUCCUUCAUUUAAAAAACUGAAAAGAUUUAUCGAAGAGGAGUACAUUCCAGCGACACGUCCUAAAGAAGGUCUUUAUUCUCUAGAAAAUGGCCUCAAUUAUUACGAGGCGUGUUUAAAGUGGUAUCUGGGUUACCAUAUGACUCCAACGGAAAUAUACAACUUAGGUAUCUCAGAGAUUAGGCGAAUUGAAAAACUCAUGAAACAGGUUAUGUUAAAAGUGAAUUUCCAUGGAACACCGAAGCAGUUUUUCCGCCAUUUGAAGAAUAUGCCAGGCUUUUACAAUAGCACAGUGUCUGAAUUCCUUGAUGGUUAUCAUGACAUAAUAAAGCGGCGAGUGAAUCCUGUACUUUUUAAGAUCUUUAAGGAAAUUCCCUUAAAAGAAGUCAGUGUUGUAGGAGUUUCAAACGAUGCACCGUGGGGAUCGUACGGCAAAAAUAAAUUCCUUGUCAACAUCAAAUGGCCGGAAGAAAGGUCCACUUUCACUAUGCUGCCUUUAACUCUACACGAAGCUAACCCCGGACAUCAUUUCCAGGUUUCCUAUAGCAAAGCUCAUUCCAUCCCAAGUUACCGGCGACAUUUUGUCUCUGGCAAAUAUUACUCUGUACCGCUGGCCCUGCCGACAUAUGCCACAUAUAUGGAGGGCUGGGCCACUUAUGCUGAGUACCUCGGGGAAGAAUUGAAUCUAUACAAAGAUCCUUACGAAUUAUUCGGGCGAUAUUGUCACGAAAUAUUUCGCGCGGUUCGAUUGGUUGUCGAUCCCGGAAUUCAUGCUUUUGGGUGGCCGCGGGAACGAGCUAUUGAUUUCAUAUUGAAUUACACCGAAUUUCCCAGGUCUCAGGUCGAAAUCGAGGUUGACCGAUAUAUCACGUGGCCCGGUCAAGCGUGUUCUUAUAAAUUGGGUGAAAUUAAAAUUAAAGAACUUCGAAGAAAAGCAGAAACCGAAUUAGGCAGCCUCUUCAACAUUAAAGAAUUCCAUCAUCAGGUUUUGAGGUACGGUCGUAUGUCCUUGGAUGUCUUAGAAGACGUAAUCUACGAAUGGAUCAACUCUGUGAAGCAAAUGGCAGACGACGCCCGGUCGUGUGCAGCAGCUGUUUCCUACCUCAACAACAGAAGAGCUCUCUCAUCGUUCAUGAUCAUUGUUAUCGUUUCACUUGCGACUCAUAUAAAAAAAUUACUGCUACUGAAUCCGCUUUGA